AUGGAGAUGGAGGAGAAGAAACCAGAGAUAAAGACCAAUCCAAAAGAGGAGGAAAUGUCCAGCACCAACAGCACUGCACCAUCAGCUUUUCCUACAGAACCAAAGCACUUUUUGCAUUUGAGGAGACUGAUGGAGUUGAUGUGUGUUUCUUCGGCAUGCAAGUCCAGGAAUGUGGAUCCGAUUGUCCCUUUCCUACCACCAGGGUUAUGCACUAAUGGAUUUGAUUUUCCCACCUACAGGUAUGUGACUGGUCAUAUUUGGGCCUUCCCACCUAGUGAAGGAGAUGACUACAUCUUCCACUGUCACCCUUCUGAUCAGAAGAUUCCCAAGCCUAAAAGACUGCAGGAGUGGUACCGCAAAAUGCUGGACAAAGCCUUUGCAGAAAGAAUACUCCAUGACUAUAAGGACAUAUUUAAGCAGGCCACAGGGGAUCGGCUUACAAGUGCCAACGAGCUGCCCUAUUUUGAGGGUGAUUUUUGGCCCAAUGUUCUGGAGGAAAGCAUCAAGGAGCUGGAGCAAGAGGAGGAGGAGAGGAAGAAGGAGGAGAAUACAGCCUCCGUUGAGACAACAGAGGGAACCCAAGUUGACAGCAAGAACGCCAAAAAAAAGAACAAUAAAAAGACCAAUAAAAAUAAGAGCAGCAUGAUCCGCGCAAAACAAAAGAAGCCUGGGAUGCCGAAUGUAGCUAAUGACCUGUCCCAGAAGCUAUAUGCAACAAUGGAGAAGCACAAAGAGGUCUUCUUCGUGAUCCACCUGCAUGCUGGUCCAAUGAUCAACACCCUGCCUCCGAUCAUGGAUACUGACCCACUGCUGACCUGCUAUCUGAUGGACGGCCGUGAUGCCUUCCUGACACUGGCCAGGGACAAGCACUGGGAGUUCAGUUCCCUACGCCGAUGCAAAUUUAGCUCUAUGUGCAUGCUGGUGGAGCUACACAAUCAGGGCCAUGACCAAUUUGUGUACACUUGCAACGUAUGCAAGCACCAUGUAGAGACACGCUGGCAUUGCAUCGUUUGCAAGGACUUUGAUCUAUGCAUUAACUGCUACAACUCCAAGGGCCAUGAGUACCAAAUGGUGAAGUGGGGUUUGGGCCUGGACGACAACAGCAACAACCAGGGUGGCGAGGCCAACAAGAGUCCUCAGGAGAGUCGACGCCUCAGCAUCCAACGCUGCAUCCAGUCACUGGUGCAUGCCUGCCAGUGCCGCAAUGCCAACUGUUCUCUGCCAUCUUGUCAGAAGAUGAAGCGUGUGGUGCAGCAUACCAAGGGCUGCAAGCGCAAGACCAAUGGAGGCUGCCCCGUUUGCAAACAACUCAUCGCGUUGUGCUGCUACCAUGCCAAACACUGCCAGGAGAACAAGUGCCCCGUGCCCUUCUGUCUCAAUAUAAAGCACAAGCUGUGGCAGCAGCAGAUUCAACAGCGGCUGCAGCAGGCGCAGAUGAUGCGGCGGCGAAUGGUGCUCAUGCAGGGCAGAGGAAUGCCUCCCAGUCUGCCCUCCCCAACUACCUCAGGAGGUCCAGGGACGCCAAACUCUCAGCAGCUGCAGCAGCCUAAUACACCUCAGGCCUCGCAGUCAUUAGCCCAGCCAGCCAGCCCCAGCAGACGCAUCCGAAUGUGGCUGGAAUGGUGCAAACCCUUCCCCAACCAAAUGCCUACACCAGGGCCGCAGGGUAAGCCUGGCCCGCAGUCCUCGCCUCUGCCCCAGCAGCAGUCUCCCCCUGCCCAUGCUGCCUCAACAACAGCCACAGCCCUCUCCGCAGCAACAGCAGGCUUUGAAGGUUGCGAAACAAAUAGAGAUGAUGACCAAAGUUCAGCAGCAGCAACAGCAGCUGCAAGAGUACAGGAUGAAUAUGAACGUGAACGGCACGUGAACUGCAUGAACCAACCUCGCAUGAUGACUCCCAUGCAAAUGAUGGCCCCUCGUGGUCCUCAGAUGGUUCAGAGCAUGCAGCCUGGCCAGUGGCAAGCUGGGAUGCAAGGGUCCAUGCAGAAUCCGCAGGCACCUCAGCCGCAGCAAGUGCCACCGCAGCAGAUGGCCAUGGCCCCGCAGCAGUCUCAGGUAACGCAGACACCGCAACAGGCGCAAAUGAUGCAGCGCGCCAUGAUGCAGCAACAGCAGCAGCCGCGUCAGAUGCAGGCAGUCAUGCCGCCCCCAACAGGCGCAACCACAAGACCCCAGCAGCAACCAAGAGCAGCAACAGCAACAACAGGGAGAGCGAUGCCUCCAGGACAAGGAAGAUUCCCGCAACCUCAAGGCCCAGCCAGUUACUCGCAAAUCCGCAUGCAGCAGCAGAUGGCAAUGCAAGGAGGUGCCGGGCCAAUGGGUCAGAUGCAGCCCAUGGCUCAGAUGGGCCAGACUGGGAUGAGCAUGGACGCCCAGCAAAACAUGCUGCAACAGCGCAUGCUGCAGCAGCAGCAACAACAGCAGCAGCAGAUGCUGAAGCAGCAAAUGGGAUCACCGGCACAGGCCGCUUCCAUGAGUCCCCAACCCCACAUGCUUGCAGGACAGCCACAGGGAGCUCACCUGCCCGGACAGGCCAUGGCCAACGUGCUGGGCAACCAAGUGAGGUCGCCUGCACCUGUGCAUUCGCCCCGUCCCCCGUCCCAAGAGCCGCCACAUUCCAGCCCGUCCCUGCGCAUGCAGCCCCAGCACCACCCCAGCCUGGCGGGAGCCAUGCCGGGCCCCAUGGACCAGGCUCAUCUGUGCACACCCGAACAGAGUGCAAUGCUUCCGCAGCUGAACACGCCAAACCGUGGAGGGCUGACCAACGACUUGAGUAUGGUUGGCGACACACCACGGAAGACACGUUAG